UGGGUUUUGGGUUUGUGUAAACCUGGCAACCCUACGUGAUGAACACAAUGACACUGUAAGCGGCAGCCGCUCGGAUUUUCUAUUUGUACUUUUUUAUACAAAUAUAUAUACAUGAUUUAGUUCCAGAAGUGAUGACGGAAAUAUUUUCAACGUUGUUCGGACAAAAUGACGCACAGCCAUCUGCAGUGCCAGCAGGUUUGGGAUUCGCCGCCGGUAAACCUCCCCCGCCGAUGCCGUCAAACCAAGCGCCGGUGGCGGCUCAGAUUCCAGGACAGCUCGGGGAUGAGGGGCCUACACUGCGAAAACCCGGAGCCAUGAACGAACCUUUCUAUUUACUUCGAGAACUUCCCGUCGGGAACGAGCUGACGGGAAACACGAACCUCAUCACGCAUUAUAAUCUGGAGCACGCGUUUAAUAAAUUCUGCGGCAAGAAAGUGAAGGAAAAACUGAGCAAUUUCUUACCAGAGCUACCAGGUAUGAUUGACUGUCCAGGAGUCCAGGACGGCAGUUCUCUGCGCUCUCUCAUAGAGAAGCCUCCGGUCUGUGGAAACUCUUUCAGUCCGCUGACCGGAGCUCUACUCACUGGGUUUCGAUUGCACACCGGCCCGCUUCCAGAGCAGUACAGACUGAUGCACAUACAGCCGCCGAAGAAAAAGAGCAAACAGAAACGCAAUCCCCGACCGCUGGAUCCUCUGCCUCCAGAGACCCCCUCGGAUUCUGACCCCAAGAAGAAGAAGAAAAAGAGGGACGAUGAUCCCGAUCGCAAGAAGAAAAAGAAAGACAAGAAGAAGAAAAAGAAUCGACACAGUCCUGAUCACCCUGGUCUUACUGGAUCUCAACCCAACAGCAACAGCCUGAGAUAGAGUGUGUGUGUGUGUGUGUGUGUGUGUUGAACAGUGUUAGAGACCCUGAUAUGGACCAGUGUGUUUGAUUGAUGUUUACAGUUGGAAGAUUUCUGCCU